AUGGCAGACAAUGACGAUCUCGAGCAGUCUGCCACAACUGUUUCGACACCAUUAACACUUUCAAAACAAAUGGAAUAUACUUCAAUAUUGGACGAGUCGGCUCCUCUAGAAACAGAAGAGCUGACCAUUGAGAGUGCAAUUGACCAGAUCGGUUUCGGCCGAUUUCAAAUCAAGAUCUCAAUAAUGACUGGUCUAUGUUGGAUGGCGGAUGCAUUUGAGAUUAUGCUGCUCAGCAUCUUAGCUCCCGAGCUGCUUUGUAUUUGGCAUCUUGAGAGAUGGCAGGAAGCACUGAUCACCACCAUUGUCUUUGUUGGGUAUCUCAUCAGCUCCCCUCUCUGGGGAAAAUUCUGCGACAAGUUUGGCCGAAAAACGGGUCUGAUUUGUUGCUCCUCCGUCAUUUUAUACUUUGGUCUACUCAGUGCAGCAACACCCAACUAUAUGUGGCUGUUAAUCAUGCGGGGUAUGGUCGGUUUUGGAAUUGGUGGUGCUUCACAAACAGUGACACUGUAUUCAGAAUUUCUUCCUGCCAAAACGAGAGGUUUCUGUAUUGUCUUUCUAGAGAUUUUCUGGGUGCUAGGUGUUGUUUUUGAAGUAUUACUUGGGAUGAUUGUCAUGCCAACCCUAGGCUGGAGGUAUCUGUUGUUGUUCUCUGCAAUUCCAUUGCUGUUGUUCGUUCUAUGUUCAAAGGUCUUCCCUGAGAGUGCCUACUAUUAUGUCGCAUGUGGAGAAAGAGAAAAGGCUAUGAGCAUCUUAAAGCAAGUAGCUGAUGGUAACGGUAAACCAAUGCCUAAAGGAAGACUAAAGAUUGAUGAAACCUCGAGUAAACGUGGGCGGUUCAGUGACUUGUUUGUCACCAGAGAAGCGGGAAUUACAACACUUUUGCUCACGUUUAUUUGGUUCGUAAAUGCCUUUGUCUAUUAUGGUAUUGUUCUGCUUUCAAGUGAGCUCUUCUCCAGAAAUGACGAAUGUUACGGGGGAGAUGGGAGUGAUGAAAACACAUUGUCCGCCUGCUUUGAUGAAUGUACUACUCUUGACCCGAGUGACUAUGGGUCCCUCUUGAUAACUACCUUCGCUGAGUUCCCAGGAAUCUUGGUGACUCUUCUUAUGAUUGAAUACCUCGGCCGUAAAAAGUCCAUGGCCAUCCAGUUCUUCUUGUGCUCCAUAUUUAUAUUCCUCCUGAACAUGUGCACAACUAGAUUUGGAUUAACAGUGCUGCUGUUUGCAGCGAGGGCUUUUAUCUCUGGAGGCUUCCAAGCACUGUAUGUUUACACACCAGAGGUGUACCCUACACAUGUACGAGCCAUUGGGCUUGGUUCAUGCAGCUCAGCUGCCCGUAUAGGAGCCAUCAUUACGCCAUUUGUUGCACAGGUCAUGUUAGCCAAGUCUCCUUCGUUGGCAUUCUGCAUCUAUGGUGUUUCAGCCGCUCUCUGUGCCAUUGCGUGCAUGGCUCUCCCUAUUGAAACCAGAGGGCGAGAACUCCUGUCAUCAGUCAAACAGCUAAAAGGAGAACUUCAUCCUGGAUAAAAAUGCUCAUCCCUUAUUGUGUUGUGACACUGCCCUAUUGGUGAUCAAAGGUUCAAGAACACAAAUAUUUUAUUUUUUUGUGAAAAAAUAAAAUAGUUUUUAGUGAGCACAUGAUGGAGAAAUGUGCAUAAAUCGUGGGUUGACUAUAAUGUAGGAACUUGAUCGGUGUCCUAGUGAAAUCUGUUC